AUGAAGCUAGACAGGCGCUGGAUGUGGCGGAUACUGUUCCUCUUUGCCCUAACUGUGGCAGUGGUACUGACACAAAAGCACUCCGAGCUGGACCAAUCAGAAGUCGAUGAAGAGAUUGGCUUGGAGGAGGAGGAAACUGAUCAAUUAGUCUUUGGGGAGGAAGAAGAGGAGGAGGAAGAUGAAGAAGACGAAGAAGCAAAACAAACAGACCAUAAAACCAAAGCCAUUGACGAGGUUUCCUUUCAAGUAACAUAUGAGACACCUGUGCCCAUUGGAGAUGUCCACUUUGCUGAGACAUUUGAUGAUGGCUCAUUUGGCAGAUGGCAGUUGUCCAAAACUGUGAAAGAAGAUGCAGAUGAUGACCUCACCAAAUAUGAUGGAAAAUGGUCUGUGGAGCAGCUGAAGGAGAACAAAAUUCCAGGAGAUAAAGGAUUGGUGCUCAAGUCCCGUGCCAAGCAUCAUGCCAUCGCCGCUAUGCUUGACAAACCUUUCAUCUUUAAGGAUGAGCCCUUAGUUGUACAGUACGAAGUUAAUUUCCAGGAUGGCAUUGACUGUGGUGGGGCUUAUAUUAAACUGCUUUCAGACACCGGAGAUAUAAAUCUGGAACAAUUCCAUGAUCGCACACCCUACUCCAUCAUGUUUGGACCCGACAAGUGCGGUGAGGACUACAAGGUGCACUUCAUCUUUCGCCACCAGAAUCCCUUGAACAAAGAUAUUGAGGAAAAGCACGCAAAGCGAGCUGCGGUUGACUUGAAGAAGUUCUACACUGACAAGAAGACACACCUCUACACUUUAGUCUUAAACCCAGACAACAGCUAUGAGAUAUUCAUUGACCAGUCGAGUGUGAGUCGUGGCAACCUGCUGAAUGAUGUGGUCCCUCCGGUCAACCCUCCUAAAGAGAUCGACGAUCCAAAUGACUCCAAACCUGAAGAAUGGGAUGAGAGGCCCAAGAUUCCUGACCCAGAUGCUUCCAAGCCUGAUGACUGGGAUGAGGAUGCACCUGCAAAAAUAGAAGACCCAAAUGCAGUGAAGCCAGAGGGCUGGCUGGAUGACGAAGCUGAAUAUAUCUCAGAUAUGAAUGCUGAGAAGCCAGAAGACUGGGAUAACAAGAUGGAUGGAGAAUGGGAGCCACCAAAGAUCCCCAACCCAAAGUGUCAAAGUGCUCCAGGCUGUGGUCUGUGGAAUCCGCCCAUGAUUAACAACCCUCUUUAUAAGGGCAAGUGGAAAGCCGCACUGAUAGAUAACCCCAACUUUCAGGGAGCCUGGAAGCCUCGUAAAAUCAUCAACCCAGAAUAUUUUGAGGACCUGCACCCAUUCAAAAUGGCACCUUUCAAAGCCGUGGGCUUAGAACUGUGGUCCAUGACUUCAGAUAUAUACUUCGACAACUUCAUUGUCACCACCCGCAAAGAAGUUGCUGACCGUUGGGCCUCCGACAGCUGGGGCCUAAAGAAGUUGGUAGCCAGUGCUAAUGAGCCUGGGAUUUUUGCCCAGCUGAUGAUUGCAGCCGAAGAGCGCCCAUGGCUCUGGGUGGUCUAUAUCCUGACAGUCGGUCUGCCUGUUGGACUUGUUGUGCUCUUCUGUUGGCCGAAGAAACCAAAUGAUUAUGUGUACAAGAAAGUGGAUGUGCCGCAGGCUGAUAUAGAAGAGGAGGAAGAGGAAGAAGAGGAAGAAGCAGCAUGCAAGGAUGAUAAAGAUGCAAAGGCCGGCGACGUAGAAGAAGCUGCAAAUUUCCAGUUGAAGGCAACACCAUGCUGUGUCAAGAGGUUACUGGAAGAAGAGUGGCCUUGA